CGCUAAUUCGCUACGAAAAGGGCCUGGCAUCAGAUCUCACCAUGGCCUCCACGAUGAAGAUGUUCGCGGGGCCUCAAUUGGCCCUUUUCCGGCCCACCUGUUUAUCCACAACUUUUACGGCCUCUCCGCUAUCACGAUGCUUCUCUACGACCUCCCCGGCUCUUGACUGGCUUACUCCAAAGUUCAUGGAAACGUCCAAGUCCCCCAAGGGUCGCCCACAUGUUGCGACUGGCGGUUCUUCGCGUGGUACAACGGUCGUCUGGGGCGACUACGGCUUGCGCAUGAAGGACCACGACCGCCGACUGCCGGCUUCGUCGCUCAAGAUUGCAGAGGAAACCAUUAAAAGACGGUUAAGAGGAAUGAACUAUACGCUCUACAAGCGUGUGAGCGCCAACAUUGGUGUGUACACCAAGGGUAACGAGCAACGUAUGGGUAAGGGUAAGGGAAAGUUCGACUACUGGACGGCCAAGGUCGGUGUCAGCAGAAUCGUGUUUGAACUGAAGGGCGAUAUUCACGAGAAGGUCGCAAGGGAAGCUUUCAGAUUGGCUGGCCACAAGUUGCCCGGCCUCUGGGAGUUCUGCAAGAAGGGCGAUCCCCCUGUUGUCGGCUUGACGAAGCUCGGCAACGGCGUGACUCUGGAGAGCCUUAAGCGCCCCCGCCGGAGCCCAGCCCUGGGCACGGCAAACAUGUCUACGCCGCCCAGUUCGACAUCGUCUAGCCCCUCUGCUUCUCAAUAAAUGAAUCGCUUAUAUUCCAUUUGAUCAUAUCAACUACAUUAUCUGCGCGCAGCAAUUUCUAAGCUCCGACGCCGGAACCAGGUCCAUAUCCCUGCAGUCUCCUACACCUCGCUGCCUGUGCAUCGCCAUCUUGGGUGUCGGGCUUCAGGUCUUUAUCCACUUCUCCCAUGACACCACUUUGUCCAGAAAACCUCCUUGCCCAUUCGGCGUCCUCAUCUUCCGCGGUGGAAGUAGUAUCCGGAUCCCAGAGACGCAUCAUUUCACUCCUCGUAUGCGGUGCAUUUCUGGGUACUCUCGCCACCCGGUUCAGUAUCCAUCAGCCUAGUAUCCGACAUGGUCUCCAUAACCCGAUAUAAUACGCAGUAGAAGAGCUUCACGAUGUAUUUCGGUCGAGGUUGUACGUUCAAAACUGG